AUGGCCAUUCUUGGGCUGGCUUUUGCCGCUGCCAGUAGUGUUUGGAUCACCGUGAGGCUUGCGCAAGGUGGUGAAGUCGAUCACCUGGAUUUGACCAUCAGUUGGACCAUCUCGGUCACGGGCAUCGUUUUGUUGGUCUCAGCACCUUUGCCAGAUGACGCCACCUUAACACGUCUUGCCAGCUUGGGUGUGGCAACUCUUUGUGGCUUCUUCACCAGCUAUGAAGCCGUCGAUGCGGUGAAGCAUUUGAAAAUGUUCGCAGAAGCCCAAUGUUGGCAGAGGCCGAACGUCAUCACCUUCGAAGAUCGUCGCAUGUCUCAAGGAAUUUGUAUUUGGUAUUUAUGUCUUUGUGUGUGGAACGUUUCUUGGAAUGUCUUGAACAUGGGGUUGUUCCUUUCAACUGCAUUCCAACGGAGCGCUUACACAAUGCAAGACCGAAUGUGGAGAUUUUUGACUCUUUUCUUUCAAGUCAAUGUUUUUGUGGAUGUUGUGCAGAUUCUCUUCGAUACUGUGGCUCUUCACCGUCUCAACACUGGAUGCUUUUUCCUUAUAGGAGAUUUGACAGGCCUGUGCCUCACCUGCUAUGGCGGCGUCCCGAAGCGCUUGCACGAGCUGCUGCGGCGCUACUUCGAGGCCACCGAGCGGACGGCUGCGGCCGCGGGCAUCGCCAGCCUGGUGGGAAAUUGUGCUGUGCAGGAAGCGUUGGACCAAGCGACCUCAAGGUUUCGAGUGAUCAACGUCGACAAGAUCCAACUCUCCGAUUUGGGCAGCAACCAGCCAUCAGCCGAACUCUUCGAGCGAUCUGUCCCUGCUAGCUUGGGCUCUUGCGAUGCCUUCAUCUCACACUCUUGGAGUGACGACCCAGGCGCCAAAUGGGCUGCGCUCAUCUCGUGGCGAGACCGCUUUGUGAGCAGCCGUGGCCGAUCGCCCUAUGUUUGGUUUGAUAAAGCCUGCAUCGAUCAGAGCGACAUCGAAGCAAAUCUGCGGAUCUUGCCCGUCUUCCUGAGUGGGUGCAGCUCCUUGCUGGUCCUUUGCGGCUCUUCAUUCCUAAGUCGACUCUGGUGCGUUCUGGAGCUUUUUACCUUCGUGCACAUGGGAGGGAAGACUUACGACAUUGAUUGUAUCUCCCUGCUCUUGCCCGGUCAAGAAGAAUCAGACUGGAAUGCCAUCCACGUUUUUUGUUCGCAGUUUGAUGUGCGAAAUUGUGACUGCUCUGUGCAAGCUGACAAGGAGAAGAUCCUGUCAAUCAUCCAGACUGGCUUCGGAGACAUGGACCACUUCAACCACGCGGUACGCCGCGUGAUGCGGCGGAUUGAUGGGCUCUCAAGCCACCAGUUCCUGUUCACCUCUUCAGAUUCUUCGAGUAGUUCGUCCUCAGAAUUGAGCGACAGCGACAGUGAGACCGAGCUAAGUCCAUACAUGGAAGACUGA